GGGCGCGCAGAGGGGCGGCCGAUUCGGUGGCAAUUGUGGUACAUGCGGGUUUAAAGGCUUCAAGUGGCUCGCCAGGGCUUCCCCUAACUCCUACGUUUUUAUCCUUAGUUAAGUGACCCUUACUCGACUCGAACGGCGGAAUUAAUUAAGUUUGGUUUAAGUUAACUUCACUCGAUAAUAAAAAUAAGACGUUUGUAACUUGCUUGACUUCCUAGUGUUCUUAUUACGGUUAAAUGAGGCGCACUUAAACCCGAAUUAGGCCCAUGCGGGUUUUAGUGGAUUCGUUUAAGCCCGGUUUCACUUUUAACUACGACUUGGUGGGAAUAAACCCGGUUCCGUAUAAAACGGGUUUAACCAAGCAGCCAACUAAUCCCGGUUUCAGUAAAACGAGUUUAAGUUCUAAACUAAACUAAACCGUCCCUCUUUCACUAAUUAAGCUAGGCUUAAUUCGGCAUAAACCGGAUUUGAAAGCGGCCCGGGUAAGCCCGGUUUAAACGGGUGUCGUUCCAGGAGUUUUGCGCAACUAAACCGGGUUUAAGUUAACUGCGUCUAAUAGAGAAGGAAUAAAGAAACUUCCGCUCGUAGGAAACGCGAUUUAAAGAAAACCGAUUUAACUAAACCCGGUUUAAGCGUGGCGUGGCUGAACCGAACGAUUAAGCUAGCAUGGUUAAACCCGGUUUAACUAAACCGCGUCAUCACUAGAACCGGUUUAACCCAGUUUGGGCCGGUUUAACUUAUAACGUAAACUUGAUUUAACUGAAUCGAGUUUAAGUUAACUAUAUCGAAUAAUAAUUAAUAUUACUAAAUGCGGUUUAUCUAAACGCAGUUUAAGCCAGCUUGAUAUUAACCUGAGUUUAAGUGAACCAGAUUGAAAUGCGGUUUAACUAAAAUAAACUAUAUUAAAAUAGAGAUUAAAUAAGCUGGGCUUAAAUGUAUUCCAUGUAAACCUGAUUAACUAAACGCGGUUUAACAAAAUUCGAUUUAAGUAAGCUAAGUAAAAUUUAAGUAAGGUUUAAGUAACUCGGGUUUAAGACUACAUCGAAUAAUAACGUUAAAAAAGUAGCUAAUAAAAAACGUCUUAUUAUUACUAAAUGUAGCUUAUCUGAACGCCGUUUAAGCCCGUUUAAUUAACCUGGGUUUAAGUAAACUUGAUUUAAAUGCAGUUCUACGAAACGGGGUUGAAGAAAAUUCGAUUUCAGUAAACUUGGUUUGAACGGGUGUGGUUUAGCUAACCCCGACCCAAAACUGUAAUUAAACUCGGUUUAAGGAAACAUGUGGCGUAAAUUGAAGCGGAUAAGUUAUCAUUUAUUUAAACCGGGAUUUGCGCAAGUAAUCUCGUUUUAAGUAGUCGGAUUUUAAGUUAACUUCGUCUAUUAUUAUUAUUAUUAUUACUAAAUGCGGUUUAUUUAAACUUAGUUCAAGGCCGUUUAAUUAACGUGGGUUUAAGUUAAAAUUUGAAAACUUGGCUUAAGGCGUAAACAAACUGCAUUAAUUAAACUCGGUUUAACUGAACUCGGUUCGAGUAAAGCCGUUUUAACGACCACCGAGCGACGUCUACGAAUCGGGUUUUAAUCUCCGUUUAAAUGCAGAGCGAUCGAGAUAAGAGAUAGCGGCUUCGGUGGCUUCGCAAUACAAUAAUUACGGCUCGGCGGCGUCAAAACUCGAGAUUAGGCGAAAUUCCGGAACAACAAAUUAAUAAGUAAUCCGGGGGCUCGAGGGAUCGUCGCGUUUCGGCGGCAAACGCCGGGCCGACCUUCGAUCGCUUAUCUCUCGCGAAAGGGAGCGAUAAGAGGGACGGCCCCGCCGUUUUAUCGUAGUAGGCCGCGCUACCGCGUUUGGCACGCGAAUCGGAACGCGUCCGAACGUCUAUUUAUAAACGCGCAGGAAUUUUCGCUAAUUUUAGAGAGGCCGUCGGUUUUUCGAAAACGCGUGGCCCGGGGCGCGCGCGCGCGCGCGAUUUCAAUUAGCGCCGUUUUUAAAGGCGCUAACGAGCCGCCGUUUGUGGAACGCGUUAGCGGACGGUGUCGAAAUGUUUGCGCGGCCGCGCGACGAUAGGCAACCAAUAUUGCGCUCAGUUGGCCGGGACGCACGCCGGCGUUGCAAAUGGCGGAUCAGGUCGGCCGUGCGCGGUGCUGCCAAUCCUAAAUAACUAAAAACGGCAAUAAAAACAGCAGAAAAGAGUAGGUCGUGCGAAGCCAUGGUGCAGGUGACCAGCGAUGAAACAGAACCGAUCCUCGGUCGGCACGGCUCGGACGACGCGAAAACCUUCGGGGGGUGCCAGUUCGCCGACGACGCUUCCCAGAACGUCUCCAGUUCGACGGCGGCGGACCCGUUAACGAUCGACAAUCCGGCGGUCGCCCUCGAGCUCUUCGACACCGCCGUCAAGAUCCGCAACGCGCACCUCGCGAGGCAGUGCAUCGCGAGCCUCAACGGUCAUGUGCGCGAGGGCAACGCGCUCCAGAUCCUCGUCGGUAUCGGCGGGCGCCGCAAGAACCCCGACGGCGACGAUUUCGAGCCGUCGGCGCCGCCCGCCGUCGAGAUCGACGACGCCGUCCCCGAAGGAUGGGUCGCGGAACUCGUCGACGGCGUGCGCCACAACUGCCUCCUCGAAAUCGACAAGCACGGCGACCACGUGCUCAAACAAAAGGAGAUCGUGGACCUCGGUUACGAGGACCUGCUGGCCAUCGUCACCAGAGACACCCUGCAGGUGUCUAGCGAGUUGGUCGUCUACAGCGCGACGAUGCGCUGGUGCAUGCACGAGUGCAAACGGAGGACGCUCCAGACGCAGCUCAUCAACAUCAAGGCGGUGCUCAGGGACCUGGUAUACGCGCCCAGGUACGGCCUGAUGACGAAGCGAGAGUUCUUGACGCGCACCGUCGACGGCGUCAAGGGCCCCGACCGGAGCGGCAUCCUCGACGAAACCGAAACCAACCGGAUCCUCGAACACAUCCGCAGGCGGGAAAAGGGGCGGAAAAGGUCCGCCACGGAGGAGCUGCCCUACAAGGGCUCGCAGGAGCGGAAGCCGGGCAACCUGAAGCCGCGGGUGGUCUCGUUGGACGGACAGAACGGCGCGAAAUGCGACGGCGCGUGCGAGAGGGCGCUGCUCAACUUUUUAACGUGCUGGACGGCCGUUUUCGAUUGACGACGCGUACCAAAAGUCGAUAUUUUUUACGCGAAAUCCGCCCGACGCGGCGUUUGCUGUGAUGACGCGAGUUCUAGGCGAGGCCUACCAUAUCUACGUUUCGCUCGAGUUUUUUUUUCUCUCUUAAACAAAGUAUUUAUCGAACGUUGGUCGUUUUCCUUAUUGAAAUAUUUGCGUUUAAAAAGCGUCUCUAAUGUUGGCUCGUUGUUUAGGAAUAUAUAGUUGUUGGCGUAGUCAAACUACUGGGUGUUUUUGUCGAGACGUCGUUCUUUUCGAAAAAGACAAUCUCUCGCCCGAUAUAUAUAUAUAAGUGUUACUUAAUCGAUGUGCGUUGCAUCUUUUCCAUCUUUGUUUAAAGACUAUGCGGAGAAAUAAACACCUUUUCGAUAGCGAGUCGUGUCAGUUC